CGCGGACCCGUCACGUGAGCGCCGCGUUCGGGCCCGCGGCGGCGGCGGCUGCACGGGAAGUGUCGGGGCCAGCUACAGCACAAAAACCAAAUGUUGCUGUAAAGUUGAAGGAAUGAACACAAGUUUCCUGACAUCUGACACUGAAGUGUGCAUCUAUGCUUUAUACAACUGAAAUGACUGGUUGAAGCUGGAGACUUCUGAGCAAGAGAGAACAAAAAUACCCGGCAUGGCCUCAUCAUCAACACCUAAAUAUAAUUCAAACUCCUUGGAGAACUCCUCAAGUAAACAGACUCUAAAAGAUGGAGCUAAUUGGGAGCAAAAUGAAGAAAUACCUCGUCUGCCAGGGGAGACCAGGGUUACAGACAAAGAUGUCAUUUAUAUGUGUCCAUUUAAUGGCCCCGUUAAAGGAAGAGUGUACAUCACGAACUACAGGCUGUACCUAAGAAGUGUGGAAAAUGAUCCGGUUGUGAUAUUGAAUGUUCCAUUGGGUGUAAUUUCAAGGAUUGAAAAAAUGGGAGGAGCUUCAAGCAGAGGAGAGAACUCUUAUGGAUUAGAUAUAACCUGUAAAGAUAUGAGGAAUUUACGGUUUGCAUUAAAACAAGAAGGGCACAGUAGAAGAGAUAUAUUUGAAGUCCUCACAAAAUAUGCUUUUCCCCAGUCACAUAACUUGCCUUUUUUUGCCUUUGUAAAUGAAGAAAAGUUUCCUGAAAAUGGGUGGAUGGUGUACAACCCGAUGUCUGAAUACAGGAGACAGGGGCUGCCUAACGAGCGGUGGCGGGUGACUUUCAUUAACGAGCAUUACGGGCUGUGUGACACGUACCCGUCGCUCUUGGUCGUGCCGUACAACGCAACAGAUGAUGAUCUCAAGAAAGUUGCUGCCUUUAGGUCCCGAAAUAGAAUCCCAGUCCUCUCAUGGAUUCAUCCAGAGACCCAAGCUGUAAUCAUGCGCUGCAGUCAGCCCCUGGUUGGAAUGAGCGGCAAGCGGAACAAAGAUGAUGAAAGAUACCUUGAUAUCAUCAGGGAGGCCAACGGGCAGGUCUCCAAACUGACCAUCUAUGAUGCAAGGCCCAAUGUCAAUGCCGUUGCAAACAAGGCAACUGGGGGAGGAUAUGAAGGUGAAGAUGCAUAUCCCAAUGCAGAACUUUCCUUCUUGGACAUUCAUAAUAUUCAUGUCAUGCGGGAAUCUUUGAAGAAGCUGAAGGACAUUGUUUUUCCUAAUGUGGAAGAAUCACACUGGUUGUCAAGUCUGGAAUCAACCCAUUGGUUAGAACAUAUAAAGCUCGUUCUGACAGGAGCCAUUCAGGUGGCAGACAAGGUGUCGUCGGGCCGGAGCUCGGUGCUGGUUCACUGCAGCGACGGCUGGGACCGCACGGCUCAGCUCACCUCCCUGGCCAUGCUCAUGCUGGACAGCUACUACAGAACCAUCGAAGGCUUUGAAGUUCUGGUGCAAAAAGAGUGGAUAAGCUUUGGACACAAGUUUGCAUCGAGAAUAGGCCACGGUGAUAAAAACCAUGCUGAUACAGACAGAUCACCCAUCUUUCUCCAGUUUAUUGAUUGUGUGUGGCAGAUGUCUAAACAGUUUCCUACGGCCUUUGAAUUCAAUGAGCAGUUCCUGAUUACAAUCCUGGAUCACUUGUACAGCUGCCGGUUUGGCACUUUCUUGUAUAACAGCGAGUUCCUCAGAGAAAAAGAGAAAGUGACUGAGAAAACGUUAUCGUUAUGGUCCUUGAUAAACAGUGAAAAAUCUAAAUACACCAAUACUUUUUAUAGCAAAGAGCUAAAUCGAGCACUCUAUCCAGUAGCCAGCAUGCGGCAUUUAGAGCUCUGGGUUAAUUACUACAUCAGGUGGAACCCCAGGAUUCGGCAGCAAGAAGUGGUGGCUGAUUUUACUGAGUUAGGACAAACAAUUUUGUGCAGAGAUGGACUUUGGGGGAGACAGCUGGAAGGCAGAGGGCUCUCAGGUUACAGCACAGCCAAACCCCGUGGAGCAGCGUUACAUGGAGCUCCUUGCGCUGCGUGAUGAUUAUAUCAGGAGACUUGAAGAGCUUCAGAUCACAAAUAAUUCUAAGAUAUCCAAUUCAUCAGCCUCAUCAACAUCUCCCUCACAAAUGGUGUCCCAAGUGCAAACACAUUUUUGAAGAAAAUGUUGGCUUCUUAUACUGUAAUAGCAAGUGGUGCUUAACAUAGAUUAUAAAGAGGAAUAUUCUAAUGCCUUACACUAGACUGUCCUAACACAAAUUAUUUUAGACUGUCUUCAUUUGAGGAGGACUUCAAAACAAACCCAGCUCUUCGAUUAUGUGCCUUUCAGAACUUGUGGACUGGGAACAUUAUUAAUCAACUCAUAGCUAUGGAGGGCUUUAAGAGUUGUUUUGGUAGGUCUGGUACAAUUGAAAUGAAAUUGAUUUAUUGUUUUCAUAAGAAUGCUUUAAUUUAUUACAUUUUAGGUCAUGUUUCUCUAAGGAAGUUCAUGCUUAGUCUUACAUGUCAUGAAAAAACACAAUAAUGGCAAUAGGAAUAUUGACAUUGUAUAAAAUUAGGUAUGUCUGUAUUCCUGUUAGGAGUACAUUCAUGGAGUUCAUGAGAGAAAAAUAAAUUAUAUUGCAAGAUGUCA